CUGGUGGGCUGCAGUCCGUGGGGUCGCACAGAGUCGGACACGACUGAAGCGACUCCACAGCAGCAGCAGCAGAGCCGCCUCCAGGAGUAACUGGGGUGUGUCCCUUAGUGGUGGUACAGCCCUGUCUGUUCUGAUGUUUGUUGCAGCUUGAAAAGCACAGUGAAGUCGGGGGUAACUGGCCUAAGUGCCCUGGCUGCCCAGACCCCCGAGUCGGUGGCGCCUGAUUUGGCCCUUACAUCCUAGAGUGCUGGUCCUGUGUGGAGGAGGUCCAGUCCUCAGACAUCACGGCGCUGUGAGGAGCUUGAUCGUGCUGAGCCGGCUCCCAGGAGACAGAUUAAGAAUGUCCCAUAAGAGACUGCAGCUUUGUUGCAGAGCCAAUGUUUACACUCAAGUGCCUGACGGUGGAUGGGGCUGGGUGGUCGCGGUUUCCUUUUUCUUCGUUGAAGUCUUCACCUACGGCAUCAUCAAGUCCUUCGGCGUCUUUUUUAAUGACUUAAUGGACAGUUUCGAUGAAUCCAACAGCAGGAUCUCGUGGGUCAUCUCCAUCUGUGUGUUCGUCUUAACAUUCACAGCCCCGCUCUCCACGGUCCUGAGCAGCCGGUUUGGACACCGCCCGGUGGUGAUGCUGGGCGGCCUGCUGGUCAGCGCAGGCAUGGUGACGGCCGCCUUCUCCCAGAAGGUCCACCACAUGUACAUCGCCAUCGGCGUCGUCUCUGGCCUGGGGUUCUGCUUCAGCUUUCUGCCGACGGUCACCAUCCUGUCACAGUACUUCGACAAGAGGCGCUCGGUGGUCACGGCGGUCGCUUCCACGGGAGAAUGUUUCGCCAUGUUCGCCUUUGCGCCAGCCAUCACGGCCCUGAAGGAGAUGGUCGGCUGGAGGCACAGCAUGCUCUUCGUGGGGCUCCUGCAACUCAACCUUGUGGUCUGCGGCGCGCUGCUCAGACCCAUCGUCGUCGUCGGCACGCUGGGGACCCCCGAGACCCCCGCCCCCGAGCACCGGCAGGAAGCGCAGUAUAUGCUGGAGAACGAGAAAACCCGCACCUCCAUCGACUCCAUCGACUCCGGAGUAGAGCUAACUACCUCACCGAAGAACGCGCCUGGCCACCCGGCCGCAGUGGAGCCCGCGGCCGAGCUGCAGGCCCGGGGCCGGCCCGGCGCGCCGCUGCUGGACUUCUCCGUGCUGACGGAGAGGGGCUUCGUCUGCUACACGCUCUUCGGGCUGUUCGUGACGCUGGGCUUCUUCGCCCCGUCCCUGUACAUCAUCCCGCUGGGGCUCAGCCUCGGCCUGGACCGCGACCGCGCGGCGCUGCUGCUGUGCGCCAUGGCCGUGGCCGAGGUGUUCGGCCGCAUCGGGGCGGGGCUGGUCCUCAACCGCGAGCCCAUCCGCAAGGUCUACAUCGAGCUCGUCUGCGUCGUCCUGCUGGCCCUGUCCCUGUUCACCUUCACCUUCGCCAAGGGCUUCUGGGGCCUCAUGGCCUGCAGCGUCUUCUCAGGGGCCAUGAUCGGGACCGUGGCAGGCACCCACAUCCCGCUGCUCGCCGAGGACGACGUCGUGGGCAUCCAGAAGAUGUCGUCGGCGGCCGGGGUCUACGUCUUCUUCCAGAGCAUCUCGGGGCUGGCCGGACCUCCCCUUGCAGGUCUGCUGGUCGACCAGAGCAGGAUGUACAGCAGAGCCUUCUACUCCUGCGCGGCCGGGAUGCUGGUAGCCGCCGUGUGCCUCGCCCUCGUGAGACCCUGCAAGCGGGGGCUGUGCUGCCGGCCCCAAGCCCGGGAGGGCAAGGCCGAGGGUCCCCGAGGGAAAAAAGCGUUGCAGGACAUCCCCGAAGACUUUCUGGAGAUGGACCUGGGGAAGACCGAGCCCAGAGCUCCUGCAGGAACGGAGCCCGUCUGACACCCGCGCCCGCCGCUGCAGCGCCGGGCUGGGGAGGGCAUGGGGCGGGGGGCCCGGGGCGCCAGAGCAGCGGACCGCCAGCCCGCUUUCCGACUGCACUUCAAAGGGAAUGUACGCGAGAACCACUACCAACAUCCUUCUUGUUUUCUUAUAA